AUGAUCUCCAAAGAACAUGAGCCAUUCAUCGGUUUCGGUACAACGGCUGUCCAUGCGGGACAGGAGUCCGAGAAAUGGGAUUCGAAUCAGGUUGUUGCCCCGAUCUCCCUCUCGACGACUUUCAAAUGGGAGAAACCCGGGGAAAUGCCCGAACAUGGAUAUGCGAGAACAAGCAAUCCGACUCGAGCUUCUUUGCAACAAUGUAUUGCUGCGUUAGAAGGAGCCAAGCAUGCCACCGCUUUCUCUUCGGGAUCAGCUGCUUCAGUGGCUGUUUUUGAAUUGCUCAAAUCUGGCGAUCACGUUCUGAUCGAUCAAGGCGUUUUCUGGGGAACGACGAAGAUUUUGAGUCAUUUGGAAAGCCAUGGGAUCACGUUCACCACUUUCGAUUUCACCAAACAAGAUGAGAUCAAGAAUGAGCUGCAAAAGAACACAAAGUUGGUUUGGUUCGAAACUCCGUCAAAUCCUCUGCUUCGUGUCAUUGAUAUCAAACGAGUGGUCGAGAUUGUCAAGAAUUACAACUCUCACAUUUUGCUGACCGUUGAUAACACUUUUGCGACACCGUACUUCCAAAAACCGAUCGAUUUCGGAGUGAAUAUUGUCGUGCAUUCCAUGUCAAAAUACAUUUCCGGUCACUCAGAUGUGAUCAUGGGAGCCGUGAUCACAAAUUGUGAUCAGAUCAAUAAUGAUUUAAAGCGGAUACAGAAUGUCACUGGUGCCGUUCCCUCACCAUUCGAUUGUUGGCUGGCUCUCCGGGGAGCAAAAACCCUCCAUUUGAGAAUGGAAAAACACUAUGAGAACGCCUUGAAUAUUGCUAAAUUCUUGGAAAAGCAGGAACUUGUUGAAAAAGUAAUUUUCCCGGGUCUUCCCUCCCAUCCCCAAUACGAGAUCCAUCAAAAACAAUCGAGUGGAUCACCCGGUUUGAUCACCGUUUUCUUGAAGGGAAAUGUCGAUGAAGCGUCGAGAUUUGUUCACUCGUUGAAGCUCUUUACAUGUGCCGCAUCGUUGGGCGGCGUUGAAUCGCUCGUCUCUCAUCCAUGGCUGAUGUCAUUCAAGGAUAACAUGGAUGGAGAAAAACUUGGGAUCAGACCUAAUAUGAUUUGGUUCUCGGUGGGAAUCGAAGAUGUGCGAGAUUUGGUCGUCGAUUUGGAGAGAGCUCUGAAAAUGAUGCAAUCA